CUUUUCCCGGUGUUUGUAUCCUUACAGGUUUACAACAACACAGAAGAGACACGCGAGUCACCAACGAGAACUUCCGGGUUCCGGAGUCCGGACUUUCUGAGAGGCGAGGAGCUUCUCGGGGCCCUUCUGAGCCCGGGGCCCGCUCAUGCCGGCCCAGGAGGCCGCCGCAGUGCCGGGAAGCCGCUCGCGAGACCACAGAAGUCGCACGGAGUUGGCCAAGCGGAAGGCGCCGAGGCACUCUUCCCGCGGCGGUUGAAUCUGGGCGCUGUCCCCAAGCGAGGCGACAGGACUUCAGCCCUGUCUUGCGCAAAGCUGGGCCCCGGCGGGUCCGCAACGUACCUCCUGCACGCCGUGUGCAGCCAGGCCUCUCCCCCCCGCCCCGGAAGACCCCGCGCCCGGCCUCGCCCAAGUCCACCACUCGUCACGGCCACCAGUUUCCCCCCAAAGACAGCCUCACCAUGUGUGGCGGAUUGAUCGAGAGGUAUGUGGCUGCCAUGGUGCUGAGUGCAGCUGGAGAUGCCUUGGGGUACUUCAACGGGAAGUGGGAGUUCCUCAGGCAUGGAGAGAUGAUUCACCAGCAGCUGGGCCAGCUUGGUGGCUUGGACGCCAUAGAUGUGGAGAGGUGGAGCGUCAGCGAUGACACAGUGAUGCACCUGGCCACUGCAGAAGCUCUCGUGGAAGCUGGGAAAGUCUUGGACUUGGCUCGACUGUAUGCCCUCCUUGCUAAGCAUUACCAAGACUGCAUGGGAGACAUGGACGGCCGGGCACCAGGUGACACCUGCAUGCAUAACGCCAUGCUGCUGAAGCCAGACCAAGCCGAGGGCUGGAGGGUUCCCUUUAACAGCCAUGAGGGCGGCUGCGGGGCUGCUAUGCGGGCCAUGUGCAUCGGUCUCCGGUUCCCUCAUCACAGUCAGCUGAAUACACUGAUCCAGGUCAGCAUUGAGAGCGGCCGGAUGACCCACCACCACCCCACAGGCUACCUGGGAGCCCUUGUGUCUGCUCUUUUUACAGCCUAUGCUGUGAAUGGCAAGCCUCCUUUGCAGUGGGGAAAAGGACUGAUGGAGGUGCUACCAGAAGCUAAAAAGUACAUUGAGCAAUCAGGCUACUUCGUGGAGAAGAACCUGCAACACUGGUUCUACUUCCAAGACCAAUGGGAAAAGUACCUAAAACUUAGGGGGAUUUUGGAUGGCAAAUCAGCCCCUACCUUCCCCAAGCCCUAUGGAGUGAAGGAGAGGGAUCAGUUCUACACCUCCGUGAGCUACCAAGGCUGGGGUGGCAGUAGUGGACACGAUGCCCCCAUGAUUGCCUACGAUGCCAUCUUGGCUGCAGGAGACUCCUGGAAGGAGCUUGCCCACCGAGCGUUUUUCCAUGGUGGAGACAGUGAUUCUACAGCUGCCAUUGCUGGCUGCUGGUGGGGAGUUAUGUAUGGUUUUAAAGGCGUGAAUCCCUCCAACUACGAGAAACUAGAAUACAGAUACCGGCUGGAAGAGACAGCUAGGGCUUUAUAUUCUCUUGGGUCAAAGGAAGAUACUGUAAUUGACCUUUAGGAAGAUGUGAUGUUCAUUUCUGGUGGUUUCUCCUCUUGUGUAGUGCCUUUUCUGCUCAGUUUCUUUUUCUUCCAAAGGCAAGAGUCUUAACUUCAUAUUCAGGGACUUUUGAGAUAAUAAAUCCCUUGGGCAACUGAAACUCCGUCUUUCCAGGCUCAUCCUGUUCUCCCUGAAUCUCUCCAUCUUCUUAUCCUGAGGAGUCCUUAUCUCAGUGGAUGGGGUCAGCGUCUCCCAAGCUAGAAAUCUCAUGGCCUCCUGUUUGAGUUUUCGUUUUCAUCAGCUAAUCUUUCAGGAAGUUUUUUCUGUUGUUUCAAAUGUAGACUCAACAGUGAUUUGAGCACAAGUAGUUUAUUUGGGAGGCGAUUCCAGGGAGUACUGGGAGGAGCAUGGGGAAGUGAGACAGGGAAGGAAGUGGAGCCAGUACAAGGUGCGUUCAUGAGCAGGUUACCACUGUCGGCAACUGGGUCCUCUUUGUAAGGCACUCCUCAUGGCUGUCCCACCUGAGGGACACGUGAACCUGGUUAUUUAUAUCCACUGCCGUCCAUCUGACAUCGGUGGUCCUCAGUGCCAAGUCCCUGGCGCUCCUAAGCUUGUCUCUUGUGUAAGCCAAACAUGAAUGUCUUCAAGUAAAGACUCAGAGAUGCUUGCAGUAGCAAGCCGUAGGGAGCAUGGGAACAGCGAGCAGUAUAUGUAGGGUCCCAACAGCAUCCGCUACAUGGUUCUACCUCCUAAACAUCCUUUAAAUCAAUCACCCUUUUGCCUUCUUGCACCAUGUAUUUUUCAUCUGGAUUUCUGCAAUCCAGGAUACUCAGGUCUGGGGAGAUGCUUCUCCUAGCGGCGCUCUACUUACUGGACAUGGCACUUAACAUAUCAUUAGGUUGUUGUUGCCUAUUUGCUUGUCUUUAUUCUCCUCUAGGCAGAACCUAGUGCACAGGAGAUACCUAAUCAGUAUAUAUUAAAUGAAUGUUGUUGAUUAGCCUCCUAGCUGGUGCUUCUAACUCCAGUCUUGCCUUCUUCGUUGCCCUCCAGAGUUAUCUUUACAAAUAAAAAAUUGAUCAUGCUGAACUUCUAAUCGUAUUCAAUGAACACAUCACCCCCUUUCUUUAUUUCUUGAUGCCCUUCCCUCUCCUUUUUCUCCUGGUAAGUUCGUACUUAUCCUGCAAGCCCCAGCUCAGGUAGAACCUCCUAGAUGAAACCUGCUCUGGUUGCUCAGGCAUGUGUCUGCUUUCUCUUCACUGUGCUCACAGCCCUCUGUGCCUAGCUGUCACUACACUAUCCUGUUGUAUGGUGAUUGUGUGUCUUCUGUGGCACCCUCAGGCUCCUUGUAGUGGAGAAUUGUGCCUUAUUCUCUUUGUGGCUUCUCUGCCUGGCGCCUGAGAGACAUUCAGCAAAUGUUUACUCUGGAAGUUCAAGUUGUAUUGAUGUGAAUGCUGUCAACAUGCAGUUCUACCUCUUCCCUAUGUCCUCUUUUUUAUGGUUGCCAGGAGCAACCUGGCCAAGAUGCACUGUAAGAAAUGAAGAGUUUGAUGCCUUAACCGUGCCUAUGUGCUGACUGAAAUGAGCCAAGGCUCUUAACUCUGUAUUUGAAGUAGGACUCCAGCAAAGGCAUGGGAUUUCCAAUUCUUUCGUAUGUAAAAACAUGUCUGUUUUUCUGGCUCAAAAAAGUCUCAUGUGUAUUUAUUUACUUCAGAAAACAGACAUGUCAUUUUAUAUAUUACAACUAUGUAGGACAACAGAUGCUUCAGUGGGACAACCAAUCAAAACUGUAGACUUUUAGGGGUGGUGGGUUACAAUUCACAGAACAUAGUAAUCUCUUAAAUUCAGAUGUCUUGAAAGACUCCUUUGCAUAAAUAUUUUGAGGACAGUUUUGGAAUAAUAGAAAACAGUAUAUACAUUUUAACACAAGAUUCCUAAGCAGAAGAUUAAGAUGGAGAAUAUUGGGCAGGACUGUUUUCAAUUUCCCACUUGAUAAGAACUGAGUUCAUAAUGCAGAAUAGUAUGUGCUUUUCUGUAGCUAUAGAAGAAGAGAAAACAUUUUCUCGUCUUGCUGAGGUUUCUUUUACCAGUAGUUAGGAAUGCCUGCAUUUUCAAGGCAGAGCACUAGAAUUCUACUAAUACUGACUAAACAGCAGACCUGAGACGCUUGGAUCUUACAAUAUGGAAAAGGGCAGAAGAGUAUUUUAACAAGUGGAAUCUGAGGCAUGACCGCUGUGUAACUGGUUUGGUGAAUGGUCUCAAUUUAGUGAGAAGCAAACAUGAAAUGAUUUUAUUUUUAUUUACUACCUUCAUACAUAUUCUUUUCCUGUCCUUUAGAAUCAUCAUAGGAAGAUCACAUAGUUUUUUUGGUCUUUGGCGGAGGGAGGCAGUAUUACUAACCCAGUCUAUCUCAGUCUAGUUUUUAAAAUUUCAGCUUUGUUGAGGUAUAAUUGACAUAGACAAAAAUUUAAAGUCUACAUUGUGGUGAUUUGAUAAAUGUGUACAUUGUGAAAGGAUUUCCUCCAUCUAGUUAAUUAACACAUCCAUCACCUCACAUAUUUAUCUUAUUUAUGUGUGCGGUAGAACAUUUUAGUUCUACUCUCAGCAAAUUGCAGUUAUACAAUAUAGUGUUAAUCAGUUAUAGUCACAUUUUAUGUCAGAUCCUUAGACUUACUUAUCUUAUAGCUGAAAGUUUGUAUACUUUUGCCAACCUCUCCCUAUUUCCCCCAGCUACUGGCAACCACUUUACUCUUUUUCUAUGAGUUUGACUUUAAAAAAUUCCACCUAUAAAUGAUACCAUGCAGUGUUUGUCUUUCUUGUCUGGCAUAUCUUACUUGUCAUAAUAACCUCAAAAUCCGUCCAUGUUGUUGAAAAUGGUGGGAUUUCCUUCUUUCUCAAGGUUGAAUAAUAUGUCAUUAUAUAUAGAUGAAUGGAUAAGUAAAAUAGGAGAAUGUAUAUAUAUUCUUCUAUUUUAUCCAUUCAUCUGUUGACAGACACUUGGGUUGUUUCCAUAUCUUGGCUAUUGUGAAAAUGCUGCCAUGAACAUCAGGGUGCGAAUAUCUCUUCAAGAGCCUCUUUUCAUUUCCUUUGGAUAAAUACCCAGAAGUGGGAAUGUCAGGCCAGUUUAAUCAGUUCUAAAACUUUAGUGUCAGGCCCUCCUUCCUCCCCUUCACAGUCGGUCCUGGGCCCAAGAGACUUAGAGGAGAAAUGGGGACAUGGACACCUCUUCUUUUCCUCCCCUCCCUCUUCUGGGGCUCCUGUCUCCUCUCCAGUGUUGGCCCUGAGACCAGCCUCACGGGUGGAGCCCUUGCAGGAUAUGCUCAAGCCAGCCACCUUCUGAGGGGUCCACUCGGCCUAAGGGAUACCCAUCCUUCCUGCUCACAUUCUCCAGUGGCAAUGCAGGCUUCCCCACCUGCCGCUGUCUUUAUCAGCUGGAGGCCCUCCCUCGUUUGGCUUGUGAGGGGUAAGGAAGAGCACCACCUUCCCUCCCCAUUCAGUAAGGGAAGGGAAAACU